CCCUUCCGUAGCUAUAGAUUAGCCAGACCAGACAGGACUAUAAGAGCUCCGAUGAACAAGUAACUGGUAUCAGUUCUUAGCUCCGGUGUUCGAGCAAGGACAACUCCUGUGCUCUAGCGCUCGACUGGACCACCUACCCGGCAUCAAUCCACGAUCGAAAUCGAACAAAAAUCCGACAUGAAGACCUUGGUACUCCUGGCUUGCGUGACUCUCGCGUACUGCGGCAAGACCAAGAAGCAGAUUCUCGAUCAGCAACACAUAAUCGACGGUUAUGAGUUCGAAUACGCGGCACCGGACGCGUCUGCGUUGAGCUUGAUCGAGUCCAAUCCCCAUUAUGUGGAUGUUGCGCCCGCCGUGGCGGUUGCUGCGAGCUCUCAUCAUUCAAGCCAUAGCCACCUUGCUCGACCUGGUUACAGCGUGGGUGGUCCUUUGGCCAGUAUCGCUAAGGGCGCCGCUGAGCAGGCUCACACCCAACUGAACCAACAGCCGUCGGCGGCCGGGCAAGCGGCCUACGUAGCCAAGAACACCCUGGCCCAGGCUGCGGCGCAAUCCGCGGCAACGGCCGCUGCGGCUUUAGCCGGCAAGCAGAUCAUCGUGAUGGGCCUGGAGCAGCAGUCGCGCGACGCGCACGUCGCCGUCGACGGCGAGAAGCAGCAGCUGCAGCAGGCUCAGCGCGCGGCCGCGGCCGCGAAGAACGCUGCGCAGCAGGCGAUGCACCAGGUGCAGGUGAUCACGACGGCGCUGAACGCCGCGCAGGCGACCGCGGAGCAUGCCGCGCAGGCGGCCGCCGAAGCCGCGGCCGAGCUGGCCGCUCAGACGACGAUGGUGGGCCAGGCGAAGGCGCGCGCCGAGGCGAUCGCCGAGCAGCUCGCCGCAGCGCGCCUCGACUUCGAGACCACGCAGGCGGCGGCGCAGAAGGCCGCCAAUGCUGCCCAAGCCGCGCAGGGCAAUGCUGCGGCCGCAGCCGCGCACGCGGCCAAAACCGCGGCCGCGACCUCCGCGGGCCACCAUCCGUCCUCGCUGCACGCCGGCCACGUCAUCGAGAUCGAGCCGACGCUCAGCUUGGCGAACGCUCUGCCCGUGGACGGCUACGAGUACAAAGGUUAUUAUUGAGCGGCAGAGCGAGAGAGACGAGGCGUCCAUUUUCCGCGACGAUCGAGACCGGUUGUGUAGGAAAUGCAAGCUUCUCCUGUGCCGGCAUCAUUGAGUGCACCCAUCGUGAUGACAUCUCUCGGUGACGGCGGGAGCAACCUUGGGCUUUACUUUUUUCUUUUUUUUUUUUUUUUUU